CCUACUUGAGGGUGUGUAAAUGAUAAGAGAAGGUGAACUAUCCCUUUAACAUAGCUUAAUUUUUAGUGAACAAAUUUGAUUGUUAUAAAGGUGUUGGUACAUUUCCACACUUGUAAUAUGAAGCUUGUUGAUUUUAAGACAUGACAUCUUCAGCAUCUUAUGCAAAUCUUCAAGGGGAGAGGAAAGAGUGAACUUUGAAUGUCAAAUCUUCCUUCGCUCAUGUACAGAGAAUACACAGUUUAUUAUGUUCAGACAGAGGAAAAGCUCUGGCUGAGAUCUAAGUGGACAGCUCUCUGAAACCAGCUUAUCUAUAGGUCUCAUGAAGAAUUGCAUAGGCAGAAUGUUGGUUAUUCUGUUCACCAUUUUCAUGUUUACUCCAGGGCUUUCAAUUGACAGUCGUGGGAAGAGUUUCAUCACAGCAUUCCCGGAGAAUGUUGCCUAUUAUUAUAGAAAAUCCUACAAUCAACUCAAGAUCACGAGCCUGCACGAGGACACUAAUGUCACCAUCUACAUGGGCGAAAUAAAGAAUGUAGUCAUCAGUAAACCUGGAAAAACAUGGGUUGUAAAUUGUACAAAGACGUUUGAGGAAUACCGGUUCACAUCUUCCAAUUGGUCUGUUAGAAUCAUCAGUGAUAAAAAUAUCACAGUGCUUUCGGUGACUGGGUGGUGGGGGAGAUUCCAGUCUUAUGUUGUCCAGCCUGACCAAAAUCUUGGAUAUUUGUAUCAGAUCCCUGCUCUGAAUUACACAAAUCCAGUCACAUUUUCUAGUUCUGUGACUUAUUCAGAGGCGAGGCGCAGCUCUUUUAGGCUAAUCAUUAUUAAUGCAGAGAAGGAGAGAAACACUGUCACCUUCAAAUGGUCUAAUGAAGGAGGUCUGGACAUUCAAAAUACAACAACCCUUGAUGCUUUUAAUCUUUUCCAGCUUCAGAGUAAUGGUGUGAAAGAAAUAAAAGCAACGUCCAAAGUGGCAGUGCUGCUGACCCAUCCGUGUAUUGACACCCAACAAUCCUGCAAAUGCAGCAUAGUGUUGAAUCAGCUCUGCCCCACAAGUAUGACAGGGGUCAAAUUCUUUGUGCCCUCCGCCUUUAAUGUCCAACAGCUACUCCUGACAACAAAUCAACCUGUCAAAGUCAGUAAUGGUUCUAGCUAUAAUGUUGAUAUUAAGGGGCCAAAUUCUACAGACAUCCUGCCGUCAUUCCCAAUUAUCAGGAUGGGUUUUAGCAUUACUAUUAACAAGCCUGUUUCUCUUCAAUUAAUUAGCUCUGGACUCAUUCUAGACCUCAUUCCAGAAACCAUGUUUGCUGCCUGCUACCUCGUGCAUUUUCAUCCUUCUGGCAGUGGGGCCUUCGUGAUUGCGAAAACAUCCAACAAAAAUGAUGUACGAAUGAACGAUCAACAGUUGCCUUCGGCAAUUCAAUGGAUAGAUAUUGUUGGCACACAGUACUCUUUGGCUGUAGUCAAUGGAACAGAGUCAAGCACUAUAUGGCAUCUUAACGGAAAGAUUGCUGUGUAUAUGAUAGAUCGUUGGAAUUCAGAUGGAAAAAUGCCUAUCCUUGGAGGCCCAGCUAUUACUAUAAAUGCAGACCCAGAUCCUAAUGGCUGUAUGGUGACUCCUAAGAUGUAUAUAGUUGGUACCGAUGAAAUGAGCUGGGCAAACUCCCGUCAGUACUGCUUUGAUAAAGCUGACGACUUUGCCACGGUCAUCAAUUCAGAUGACCAGAAAAGGUUCGUCAAGGACAUAACCAUUGGCAUGACCCCCGGAGAUCUCGGGGAAGUGUGGAUCAGUCUGCGUCGUGACCUGUUCUCUACAGCGUGGUACUGGUUAUAUGAAAACAACACCUCAUCCAAUCUGAAAUUCAUUUCUUGGGGAACUGGACAGCCUUUGAAACCUCACAAAGGCAUGUGUGCUUCAGUGUACCACGACACUAAAAAAAAGAAAAGAUUUUGUGGAAGUCUGCACACUGCUGUUCUCUAAAGAAACCUAUCUGUUUUAACGAAACAAGGUAUCUCAGACAGGUCUCCUAUUUACCCUAAUGAAAUAACUGACAUCUUCGUAUUUGACAUUUCUGCAAUUCAGCUCAAACUGCUUAAACUUAAAAUGAACUACUCAAAUCAAACUUGUUUGUAGAUAAUUUCAGCUUUUUUGUGAUUAUAUACUACACAUUCAGAAAUGUAAGAAUAAUAAACAUGCACUGAUAGAAUGUCAAACAACCAGGUAACAUGGUUUAUUAAUAGAGAGUGAGUUGUAGUUAGGGAGUUUCAAUCAAUCAGUCUGUCCCUUCUUUCACCCUAGUUUGAAAAGUUGCUUUGUUGUUGUAUAAUAUUACCAAAAAUGUACUUAAUCAAACAUUAUUCUUUUGCUGCCUUGCAAGCACUCAUAUUUCUUUCAGGAAAUGUAAAUGUAGUUUAAUUGUUCCAUUACCCUGAAUUGCUUUGUUUCUCUAUCAAGGAGAACUGGUAUGUUUAACAAUAAACUUAGUGGAUUCAAUUUAAUUCCCAGAAAUUGGCAUAUUUAUUUUUCUGUUAUUCAUACAUCGUUAUGCCCUAUAUUAAUUUAGAUUUAAAAUGUGACCUCUUGAUUUAUUUGAUAUCUAUAAAUGAGCUUAUUUAGUAUUGUGAUUUUAUAAAAUAUCACUGUAAUAGUUGGUGUCUUAGUCAGGAACAGAUGGCAAAUAUAAUGGGAUCUGUGGUAACAUGCCUCCCAGAGCAUGUUUCUUUUAAAUAAAGAAAAAGUUCAAUAACAUUACUGGUCACAUCAGUGCACAUUAUUCUAAAGAAAAAAAUGUUAACUGUUUGUAACUUCAUCGUAGAUAUGCAGCACUCAUGCCACGAGAUUCUGAAAAAGCAGUAAGACGCAUCACAACGGACAAACAUAUCCAUCUAGUGCAUGUUUACAUAAAAACAUAAAGCGUGUUUAAAGCUUAGAAUAUUUUUUUCAGUUAGGCAAUGGAAGUAUUUAAAGGUGAAGUGCAUAAUUUCUACACCACUAGCAAAAUUGCACAAAUAAUGAAAAUGACCAAACACUCCCCUUGUCUUCCACUGGUCAGUCAAACAAAUCGAUCUGCACCAACAUCAAGCCAUUAGUUGCGUAAAUGUUGCUGUGUCCACUUAACACAUUUA